AUGAAUGACAGCACCCCUCUUCUGCCCCCCGAUGCCCGUCCAGACGCGGACAGCGACUACCUUGGGUUCUCCAUGGUCAAACGCCGUAACUUCCUGGCUGCGGCGGCCAUGGCGACGGCCGGUGGCAUGGGGGCGGCUGGCGCACAGGCGGCUGACGCGCCGGUAGAUCCGCCUGUACGCCUGGGCGGUGCGCGCGGCGUAACCUCAGUCAUCACUGACCAGGACAGGGUCUACAUGCGCGAAGCCAUACGUGUCAUGCGCCAGGUCGGCGUGAUCGACCGAAGCUCGUUUCCGUUUGGUGCGGUCAUCGUCAGGGAUGGCAAAGUCAUCGCCACAUCCGGCAACACCGUGUGGAAAGACCGUGACCCGACAGCACAUGCCGAGGUCAAUGCCAUCCGUGAAGCCUGCCGCGUUGCCGGGUCCAUCGAGUUGCCGGGCGCCGUUCUCUACACCAGCUGCGAAUGCUGCCCGAUGUGCUAUGCGGCAGCCUACUUUGCGCGCAUCGACAAGAUCUUCUACGCCGCCGGCUGGCGCGAUUCCGGCUGGCCCGAAAACAACUUCAAUGUCUACGAUGACAUGACAAGGCCUUAUCCACAGCGGGUGCUUGCGCCACAACAAAUGUUGCAGGAAGAAGGCAAGGCCGUCUGGGACGAGUUCCGCAGGUUGCCCGAGAAGCGUUAG